GGGAGGCUGGGAUUGUCACAUUGAGCGUUGAGCUGUAAUCAGGAAAGAUUCACAGAUAUAUUGAAAUUUUGUUUGAGGAGCUGAAACAUUUAAGUAUAACGAGCAAAAACAGAAGAAAUCUCUUAGGAGACAACUACUGAGCAACUGAGCUGAUAAUGAGACAGAUUCCAAGGACAUAGUUUUGGAGAGGAGAGCCUCAGGUUUUGGAACUUCAGGGUCUCAUCUUUGAUUUUGGCAGAUGAUGUGGUUCUGUUGGCAUGUUUAGAUUGUGACUGUCUUUACUGUUCUCUGGAGUAGUUUGCAGCCAAGUGCAAAGUGCCUGAGAUAAGAGUGUCUUGGUGUCUUAUCCUUGGGUGAUGGUAGAAUGGAGAAGGAAAUAAGAAAAUGGGAAGACAGACUGAGACCUCGUCUGCGGUAAGGUGGAGAUGUUCCGUCAUAUGCUGGGGAAAACCCUGGGCCUUCUGGGUUACACCAUCCAGUAUGGUUGCAUUGCACACUGUGCCUUUGAAUAUAUAGGCGAAUUUGUGGUGUGUUCUGGUCCUUCUAUGGAGCCCACAAUUGUUAACCAUGAUGUUGUGUUUUCUGAACGUUUGAGUCGUCAUCUUUUUAAAAUAGAAAAGGGUGACAUAGUAAUUGCCAAAAGUCCAUUCGACCCGCAAAUGAACAUUUGUAAAAGGGUUAUUGGAUUGGAGGGUGAUAAGAUCUGCACCAGUUCUCCAUCAGAUUUGUUGAAGAGUCACACAUAUGUUCCGAUGGGCCAUGUAUGGCUGGAAGGGGAUAACCUUAGAAAUUCCACUGACUCCAGGAACUAUGGCCCAAUUCCAUAUGCCCUGAUCCGAGGUCGUGUUUGCUGCAAGCUCUGGCCGCUGCAUAGUUUUGGCACUCUGAGUGAAAGCCCGACGAAACGCAUCAUUAAAGCUCAGAGGGACUCAGACUCGGAUUGACACACUCAAAUGUCUAUUUUUUCUGUACUUAGUUUAAACCUCUUUUUAAUAAAAUGGUCACAUAGCAAA